UAGACAAGCGACUUGUAUAAGUCGAUGUCUAAGACGGAAAUUUGGUUUAAAACUCCGUGUCCAGAGGGCAUUGACCAAUCGUGUUUCACCGUCUUUUCACCAACGGGCACGGAAAACUACCACGACAAUUCUCCGGUCUACGACUCACUAAUAACCCUAUCACUAGAUCAACUUCCCAAAUCAUGAGAUACGAGCGAGGAAAGCUCUGGAAUUCGGUAUCUUUUUAAUAUCUAAAAAACUAGUAUUUCGGAGUCAUCCGUAAACUUCUCCAAAUUGAGUCACGUGGACAUUUCCCCAGGUUAAAGGUGGGCACGGAGAAUCCGUGUCUCGUCCUCUUCAUCCCAUCUACAUAUUGUAUAUGCUUCCUCUGAAUGCUUGUCCAGCUGCCCCACUGUCGAUUUCAUAAUGACAGGUAAUCCCGAAUCAUCCGUCCGGCGUGCGUGCGAGAGCUGUCGACGGAAGAAGACGAGAUGUACUGGGGAACGGCCUGUGUGCUCUUUUUGUGAGAGGUUGAAUCAACCUUGCGAAUAUUUACCAAGGAAUCGGGAGACUGUUAAACGGAGGAGGAGGACUUCUAGAGCGAAACCGGGAUCGAGAGACCUCGUUUCGAGUGCUGAGAACCGGGGUGAAGAGAUAUAUGAUCUUCUUCAUCAUCCUCAAGCUGCCUCAUCGAGCAAUGGCUCAGCCUUGACCCCAGAUUCCUUGCCAAGGCACACAAACAGGUCGGGAUCUUUCGUCGAAAGUGCUUCAAGACGGAUGAACAGAGUGAGCAUCAACGAUGAAGUCUCAGCAUCAUGGCUCCCUUCAGCAACAGAGGCAAGGCCAUCGCCAGAUUCACUUAACCAUGCUGUAGAAGAGUACCGAAGGCGUUUAUACUUCCAACCACUGCCUCUCUUCAACCCAGAAGGGCUGAGAGAUCGCAUUGAGAGGUUUCCCAUGUUUCUUCAAUGGAUCUUCCUCGCACUUGCGCUAUCAAACUUACCGUAUGAUUCGAGCAGUGCGAAGGAAGCUGACUUGAUUCACUCUCAUGCGAGAUCAGCGCGUGAUACGGUACUUGAACUCGCCAUGAGAGGAAUAGCCCAGUUAGAAAUAUCGCAAGCUUUAUGCCUCCUUGCUCUAGGCGACAUCCUCGAAGGAAGACCAGCUCUGGCUCUGAUGACAAUAGGAGCAGCCAGCAGACUCGAACUCGUCCGCGGAGCAGGCUACACAGAAUCCUCUCACAAUCCCCAAGGCGACACCAGCCUCAGGUGCUACUGGAGUGUCUUCAUCCUCGAAAAAGGCUUCGCUCCUCGCUUCACCCUACUCUCCCAAACACACACCAAACCAGAAUACCCCCGCAGCGCAAGAGAACCUUCACCGCCAGCGUAUCUAGGCGAUGAAGAAUACGCACCGGAUCUGGAAAGUAUUCGUGAUGACUUGAGGACAGAUCCUGGAAUAACAUCACAUGCUGUGCGCGCUGUGUCGUUCUGUGGCGAUGUUAUCUCAUAUCUUCAUGCGCUUCAUAUUGGAAAGGCUGAUAACCCUGCUGAUACGAAUUCUAACUUUUACCAAUUGACGAAUACACUGUAUGAUCUUGAGUCUAGGCUCGGUCAUAUACACUUCGUUCGUAACGUGGGCUUUUCGGAGCGAACACCAGAAGAAUUCGAAAGACAUCGAGAGUACUGGGCGCCAUGGCUUCUCUUCCAAAUCACAGCACACGCAACACAAGCGUUAUUAAAUCACCCGUUCAUCCAUCUUGUUACUCUCCGAAGAGCGAAUCGACCCUCUCAACCAAGGUUGUUCCUUCAGCAAACUGUCGAUCAAGCCAUGUUUCACUCAGCUUGGGUAGCGCGCUUAGUCCAAACGUGUAUGGAUCGUGGAUUAAUGGUGUAUGAUCCGUUAAUAGGCGAUCUCGUUGCUGCGACGGCGACAAUACCGUGGCUUUUUCAGUAUGCUAGGGACGCAAAAGUCUCAGAGACAUCGAAGGAGAAUUAUAGAAAAUGUGUGGAGUUUCUGGAGUCGAUGCCUGAUCCUUCACCGAGGAGCAUACACAAGCGAGAACUUUUACAUCAGUUACAGACAAUGUCGAGUCAAGCCCAGGAUAACAACAUGAUUAGUUUUCAGCCUUCCAAGAUCUGGCAGCUUAUCGACUCAGAUAUCAUGGACGCUGUAGCACCGCAGCCUACGACUGAUGGAACGCAAGGCGGUCAAUCCGAUGCUUCCAAGACAACCGUUAGUGUGCAAACGACUUUUGUUCACCCUGUUGGUGAAAGACGAACGGAUCAACGACAGACUUCGCUUGGUGAUUCAAUGACAGCAGAUAUUUAUGAAGGGUUGGAGCAAUAUUCACUUGAUAGUAUAUUCUCGCAGCCUAUGUUUAUCGACCAUGCGUGGUUGCAUGUGUAACGAGU